CACUCCCAAAAUCCCAGACCAAAAAAAAAUUGAUUUCCAAUGGGUAACGUCGAUUACGUGUACCCAUCGGCGGCGGAAGGCGGCGAGAGCUUGCACCAGGCGGCGAUUCCACCGCCGCAGCCGUUCGUGAAGUCGCUGAAGAAUUGUCUUAAGGAGACGUUCUUCCCAGACGACCCGCUCCGGCAGUUCAAGAACCAGCCGGCGAGGAGGAAGAUUGUUCUGGGUUUGCAGUACUUUUUCCCAGUAGUGGAAUGGGGGCCUCGUUAUAAUCUUGGGUUCCUGAAAUCGGAUCUCAUCUCCGGUAUCACCAUUGCCAGCCUCGCCAUUCCUCAGGGCAUUAGCUACGCCAAGCUCGCUAACUUGCCGCCUAUUCUCGGCCUCUAUUCGAGUUUUAUUCCGCCGCUGAUAUAUGCAAUGAUGGGAAGCUCGAAGGAUUUGGCUGUCGGAACGGUGGCGGUGGCGUCGCUUCUGAUGGGCGCAAUGUUAGGGGUGGAGGUUAACGCCGCCCAAAAUCCCACUCUUUAUCUCCACCUUGCUUUCACCGCCACUUUCUUCGCCGGAGUAUUCCAGGCCUCCUUAGGCCUCUUAAGGCUAGGGUUCAUCGUGGAUUUUUUGUCACACGCAACCAUUGUCGGAUUCAUGGGCGGCGCUGCCACCGUGGUGUGCUUGCAACAGCUCAAGGGAAUCCUUGGUCUCACCCAUUUCACCCACGCCACCGAUCUUGUUUCUGUUCUCCGUUCUGUUUUUUCUCAAAUUCACGAGUGGAGAUGGCAAAGUGGGGUAUUGGGAUGCGGUUUUCUGCUCUUCCUCCUCAUCACCAAAUACUUUAGUAAGAAAAAACCGAAAUUCUUUUGGAUAUCAGCAAUGGCACCUUUAACGUCGGUGAUUUUAGGAAGCCUUCUAGUGUUUCUCGCUCAUGCGGAAAAGCACGGAGUCGAAGUGAUUGGAGAAUUAAAGAAAGGGCUAAAUCCAGUGUCUAUUACAGAUUUGGUGUUGGUGUCAUCUUAUCUUUCCACAACGAUUAAAACUGGUAUCAUCACUGGGGUUAUAGCUCUUGCGGAAGGAAUAGCAGUAGGAAGAAGUUUUGCGAUGUUCAAGCAUUACAACAUCGAUGGCAACAAGGAAAUGGUGGCUAUUGGCACCAUGAACAUGGUCGGCUCUUGCUUCUCCUGCUAUCUCACCACAGGCCCGUUUUCGCGAUCGGCUGUGAACUACAAUGCAGGAUGCAAAACGGCGGUAUCGAACGUGGUAAUGGCGAUUGCAGUGAUGCUGACGCUGUUGUUCUUGACUCCUCUGUUCUACUACACUCCUAUUGUUGUGCUUUCUUCUAUCAUCAUUUCCGCCAUGCUUGGCCUCAUCGAUUACGACGCCGCUAUUCACUUGUGGAAGGUCGAUAAGUUCGAUUUCCUUGUCUGCAUUGCUGCUUAUGCUGGUGUCGUCUUUGCUAGUGUUGAAAUUGGCUUGGUCAUUGCGGUGGUGAUAUCUCUGCUAAGACUACUUUUGUUCGUUGCGAGGCCGAGGACACUUGUGCUUGGAAACCUUCCCAAUUCCACGGUUUACAGGAACGUCGAGCAAUACCCAAAUGCCGAUAAUGUUCCCGGCAUUCUCAUACUUGAGAUCGACGCUCCCAUUUACUUUGCUAAUUCCAGCUACUUGAGAGAAAGGAUUAUAAGGUGGGUUGAUGAAGAGGAAGACAGGAUAAAAGCUUCCGGCGAAAGUACCUUACAAUAUGUAGUUCUGGACAUGAGUGCUGUUGGCAACAUUGAUACGAGUGGAAUAAGCAUGUUUGAAGAGAUCAAGAACAUUUUAACUAGAAGGGGAUUGAAGAUAGUUUUGGCCAACCCUGGAGCUGAGGUGAUGAAGAAGCUGGACAAGGGCAAGUUCAUCGAAAGCCUCGGACACGAAUGGAUCUAUCUUACUAUCGCUGAAGCUGUAGCAGCCUGCAACUAUAGGCUUCACUCUUGCAAACCAAACCUUGUAACUGAUGAGAAAGCAGAGCCAUGGAACAAUGUCUAAAUAAUCGAAUCAAGGAAAGCAAGUAGAGCCAUGGAACAAUGUCUCAAGCUGAAGUUAACCUCCGGGGUAAUUUUUCCUCCCCCUCUCGAUAGUAUCACUUGUAGGCCAAAAUGGUAUUUAUAUAUAUAUAAUAUAUGGAAUUAAUACUGAAAAAAGAGAGAGAAAUGAUGAAAGUAAGGAAAUGCCUGUAUUGUAUCCCCUUUCUUCUCGAUCGAAUUACUUACCGUAAAGUAUCUGAAAAUAAUGCCAAGCCUUUUUUCCUCUGGA